AUCAUCGUCAAAAUGGAAUUAAGGCGCAUUUUCCGGCCAUGUUUUAAUAUUUGCAAACUGUUUGCCUAUCCAGUGUUAAGGAGACGCAACGGCCUUGAAGACGUAAGAAGUGUGUGUCAUCAUGUUCUAGACAGAAGAACGUAUUCAUCCCUUGAACGAGAAGCUAUUUCACUACCUACAGAAGCACGUGUUGUUAUAUGUGGUGGAGGUGUUUUAGGAACAAGUGUAGCCUAUCAUUUAGCAGAAAGGGGAUGGACAGAUGUGGUAUUAUUGGAACAGGGGAGGUUGACAUGUGGUACAACAUGGCAUUCAGCUGGUAUGGUAGGCCAACUUCGCAACAAUACUGUAGAAAUGGACGUAACCCGCUACAGUCGUGAUCUCUUCAAACGUUUAGAAGAAGAAGGACACGGACUGGGAUGGAAAGAAUGCGGUAGUAUUAAUAUUGCCAGAACACACGAGCGGAUGAUUGACUUUAAAAGAAAACAUGCCCUUGCCAGUGCUAUUGGUUUUGAAGUACAUAUGCUGACUCCACACGAGAUUAAAGAGAGGUGCCCUUUAUUAAACUCUGAUGAUUUAGAGGGUGGACUUUGGAUACCAUCUGAUGGCGUAGUUACAGCACCGGAUGUUGCCAUGGCAUUUUCAAAGCUUGCUAAAAUUAAAGGUGUAAAAAUUAUAGAAGGGGUCAAAGUAGAAAGGAUCCAAACCCAGAAUGAUGUUGUGAAAGCAGUGAAAACUUCUGCCGGAAAAAUAAAUUGUGAAUAUUUUGUGAAUUGUGCUGGGCAGUGGUCUCGUGAAGUUGGUAAACUAAGUACACCGAAAGUUCGAGUACCUUUACAUGCUUGUGAACAUUAUUACCUGGUCACUAAACCAGUAGAAGGUGUGGACAGAAUGAUGCCAGUUAUAAGAGAUUUUGAUGGUUAUAUUUCUACCCGUGAAUGGAAUGGUGGGAUUCUUGCUGGAGGAUUUGAACCUGAGGCCAGACCAGUUUUCCAUACUGGUGUUCCAGAUAAAUUUGAAUUCCAACUUUUACAGGAAGAUUGGGACCACUUCGAAAUUCUCUUAGAACAAGUUCUUCAUCGCUAUCCAAUUUUGGAGAGAGCAGAAAUACGUCAACUCGUCAACGGUCCAGAAAGCUUUACUCCUGAUUCUAAUUGGAUUCUUGGCGAAUCAGCUGAAGUAUAUAAUUAUUAUGUAGCAGCUGGGAUGAAUUCUAGAGGUAUUGUUGGUAGUGGUGGUAUAGGUAAAUACAUGGCCGAAUGGAUUAUAGAUGGUCAACCCAGUAUAGAUCUAUGGCAGUAUGACGUCAGACGUUAUGUUGGCCAUCAUAAUAACAGACAGUUCUUACAAGCUAGAACGAGGGAAGUAGUAGGACAUCAGUAUAGUCUUCGUUAUCCAGGAGAAGAACAUCAAUCAGGCCGUAAAUUACGUACCUCACCAUUACAUACAAGACUUGAAGUAUCUGGGGCAUGUUUUGGUGAAACAAUGGCGUAUGAAAGACCCAUGUGGUUUGAUCCAGAUAAGAGAGAGCGAGGUGAAGAUGUUUAUAAUCACCAAGGUUGCUUUAAUAAACCUCCGUGGUUUCAUAUUGUUCAAGCUGAAUAUAUGGCUUGUAAAGAAAGAGUCUGUUUAAUAGAUAUGUCUUCAUUUGCUAAAUUUGAAAUAAAGUCAUCUGGUAAAGAAGCAGUAGAAUAUCUCCAGUAUUUAUGUUCUAAUGACGUCAAUUUAGAAACCGGAAGUAUUAUUCAUACCGGAAUGCAGAAUAUAUUGGGUGGAUUUGAAAAUGAUUGUAGUAUAGCAAGACUUGGGGAGAAUUAUUUCUUCAUGAUAUCUCCAGCAACACAACAGACAAGGGCGUUGUCAUGGUUACACCGUCAUCUACCCACAGAUGGUUCGGUUCAAGUUCGAGACGUAACCUCCAUGUUUUCAGGAAUAAAUGUGAUUGGUCCACAUGCUCAACAACUAUUAGCUGACGUCACUGAUGUUUCCACAAACAAAAAAGAUUUUAAUGUCAUGACUUGCAAAGUUAUCGAUGUUGGUCAUGCUGGUGGUAUCAGAGCCAUGAGAUUAACACAUACUGGUGAAGAUGGCUUUAUUCUGUAUAUUCCAUCGGAGUAUACUCUGCACGUGUACGACACUUUGAUGGAUGCAGGUAAAGAUUAUGGAAUACGAAAUGCUGGAUAUUACGCCCUCCGACAUUUACGUAUUGAGAAGUCGUUUGCUUAUUGGGGUUUAGAUUUAAAUGCCUACACAACACCUUUAGAAUGUGGUCGUGAAUUCAGAGUUAAAUUGGACGGAGAUGAUUUUAUUGGUAAAGAAGCUUUAGUGAAACAAAAAAAAGAAGGUGUUGGUCAAAAGUUUGUUCAGUUUAUCUUAGAGAAGUUUGAUGUCGAGAAUGACGUAUGGCCAUGGGGUAAUGAACCCAUAUUUAGAAACGGACGAUACGUGGGUAAAACGUCUACUUGUGGCUACGGCUUUACGUUAAACAGAAUGGUAUGUCUUGGUUUUAUCAGGGACUAUGAUGAUAAUGGACAACCCAUAAUGAACCCAAAUAUCUAUGAGUAUGUUAUGGAUAAACAUGCUGUUUAUGAAAUAGAUGUUGCUGGCCGGAAGUAUCUCGCCAAGCCUGGUAUUCAUACGCCUAAAUUAGCUCUAUCAGUCGUUGAUCCGUCUUUAUUAGCUUCCUUAUAUAAAUAAAUAGUCCCCUUGUCUAAAAAGUUGGCUGUUUUAUAUAAAUAAAUAAUGGUCCCCUUGUCUUUAAUGCUUUAAA